AUGGAGAUUGCAAUUCUGUAUAAGCCGAAUCCGCUUAUCUCUUCAUCGCCGGAAUUGCUUAAAAGACCUAAAAUUUCUGGUCUUGUUCGGUUUCCCGCCAAGUAUGGACUUGGAGUUACUCGGAAAAAACCUCUUUUUCGAGUCUAUGCGUCUGAGAGUAGUAGUGGGUCGUCGUCUAAUAACGAUGGUGGGUUUUCGUGGGUGAGAUUGGGGCAGUCUCUUCGCGUUGGUGUGGAGCGGAUUGGGGAGAAGAUUGGAGAGACUGUGAAGAAGGAAACUGGGUUUGAUUCGGAAGAAGCAAAUGCGAGAGUGGAUGAGAUUGUGGGUCGAGUUAAGGGUAGUGUGCAGAAGGGACAGGACGAGUUGACUCGGUUUAAGACUGAGACAGUGCCAUCGUUUAUUGAUUGGAACCAGUGGGAGCAUUGGAAGGACAUCAGGAAUUGGGAUGGUAGACGAGUUGCUGCCUUGGUCAUAUAUGCUUUUGCGGUGUUAUUUUCUUGUCAAAGAGUAAAUGUUGCUAUCCAAGCGCCUCGGAUAGAACGAGAAAGAAGAGAGUUAACGGAGUCUUUUAUGGAGGCUUUGAUCCCCGAGCCGUCUCCUAACAAUAUAGAAAAGUUUAAGAAAAAUAUGUGGAGGAAGACAACACCUAAAGGCUUGAAACUAAAACGGUUCAUUGAAGCGCCUGAUGGAACUCUUGUCCACGAUAGUACUUAUGUUGGAGAAAAUGCAUGGGAUGAUGAUCUAGAGACAACAGAGGGAUCUCUCAAACAAAUAAUUGAUAGAAAUGCUAGGAUUCAGACAGAAGCAAAGAAGAAAUUAAGCCAAGAUCUGGGUGUCUCUGGUGAAAUCGGAGACAGUGUUGGUACUUGGCGGGAAAGGCUUGCAACUUGGAAGGAAAUGUUGGAAAGGGAAAAGGUUUCAGAGCAGUUAAACUCUUCAAUGGCUAAGUAUGUUGUUGAAUUUGAUAUGAAAGAGGUAGAGAAAAGUCUUCGCAAAGAUGUAAUUGAAAGGUCAUCUGAAACCGAGGGAACUAGAGCUCUCUGGAUAUCAAAGAGAUGGUGGCGAUAUCGCCCUAAGCUUCCUUAUACCUACUUUCUUCAGAAGCUUGAUUCUUCUGAGGUUGCAGCUGUUGUCUUCACGGAAGACCUAAAAAGACUGUAUGUGACAAUGAAAGAAGGUUUCCCUCUUGAAUAUAUUGUUGACAUUCCCUUAGAUCCUUACUUGUUUGAAAAUAUCUCUAACUCCGGAGUUGAGGUGGAUCUCCUUCAGAUGAGGCAGAUCCACUACUUCAUGAAAGUGUUCAUUGCACUUCUGCCGGGGAUACUAAUUCUAUGGUUUAUAAGAGAAUCUGCGAUGCUUCUCCUCAUCACAUCCAAGCGGUUUCUUUACAAGAAGUAUAAUCAGCUGUUUGAUAUGGCUUAUGCAGAAAAUUUUAUAUUGCCGGUUGGAGAUGUUAGUGAGACAAAAUCGAUGUAUAAGGAAGUUGUACUAGGUGGUGAUGUUUGGGAUCUUCUUGAUGAGCUAAUGAUCUACAUGGGAAACCCAAUGCAAUACUAUGAAAAAGAUGUGCCCUUUGUCAGGGGUGUGCUUCUUUCUGGACCUCCUGGGACAGGGAAAACACUUUUUGCACGUACACUUGCCAAGGAAAGUGGGCUACCAUUUGUGUUUGCAUCUGGUGCGGAGUUCACAGACAGUGAAAAAAGUGGUGCUGCAAAGAUCAAUGAGAUGUUUUCAGUCGCGAGACGAAAUGCACCUGCUUUUGUGUUUGUGGAUGAAAUAGAUGCUAUUGCUGGUAGGCAUGCUAGGAAAGAUCCACGAAGAAGAGCAACUUUUGAAGCUUUAAUUGCACAGCUUGAUGGGGAUAAGGAAAAGACAGGUAUCGAUAGGUUUUCUCUGAGACAAGCUGUGAUAUUUAUCUGUGCUACCAAUAGACCUGAUGAACUCGACCUGGAGUUUGUCCGUUCUGGACGCAUUGACCGUCGACUCUAUAUUGGUUUGCCUGAUGCAAAGCAAAGAGUGCAAAUCUUUGGAGUUCACAGCGCCGGGAAGAACCUUGCUGAAGAUAUAGAUUUUGGGAAGCUUGUUUUUCGGACAGUUGGCUUUUCUGGAGCAGAUAUCCGGAAUCUUGUUAAUGAAGCAGCUAUAAUGUCGGUUAGGAAGGGGCGGUCAUAUAUAUAUCAGCAAGAUAUUGUUGAUGUGUUAGAUAAACAAUUGCUUGAGGGUAUGGGUGUGCUCCUUACAGAGGAGGAACAACAGAAAUGUGAACAAAGUGUAUCUUACGAAAAGAAGAGACUUCUGGCUGUUCAUGAGGCGGGUCAUAUAGUGUUGGCUCAUUUGUUUCCGCGAUUUGACUGGCAUGCGUUUUCUCAGCUCCUUCCUGGUGGCAAGGAAACUGCUGUAUCGGUUUUCUAUCCACGUGAAGACAUGGUGGACCAAGGUUACACAACAUUUGGUUAUAUGAAGAUGCAAAUGGUGGUAGCUCAUGGUGGACGGUGUGCCGAACGUGUGGUUUUUGGGGAUGAUGUCACGGAUGGUGGAAAAGAUGAUUUGGAAAAGAUAACAAAAAUUGCUAGAGAAAUGGUGAUUAGCCCCCAAAAUGCGAAAUUAGGUCUCACUCAACUGGUAAAAAAGCUUGGAAUGGUGGAUUUACCGGAUAACCCUGACGGCGAGCUGAUAAAAUACCGGUGGGACCAUCCUCAUGUAAUGCCAGCAGAUAUGUCUAUUGAAGUAUCCGAGCUAUUCACCCGCGAGUUAACAAGGUAUAUUGAGGAGACUGAAGAGCUCGCGAUGAAUGCUCUGAGAACAAACAGGCACAUUCUGGACUUGAUCACAAGAGAGUUACUCGAACGGUCAAGGAUUACUGGAUUGGAAGUUGAAGGCAAAAUGAAGGAUCUUUCUCCUUUGAUGUUUGAGGAUUUUGUGAAGCCGUUCCAAAUAGACGCAGAUGAGGAGGAACCUUUGCCUCACAAGGAUCGAGUUAGCUAUCAGCCAAUUGAUUUACGUCCUGCACCACUACACAGAAGCUAG